AUAAAUAUAAUAAUAUUUUCAAGCUACCUGCACGACGUCCACCACUAUACUUCGACGAAAAACGGCAUUCUCUCGGCACUUCCGACGGCUUCCUUGUGGCUGUCAAAAUUGGCAAGCAGCUAUGCCAACACGUGGUUGCAGGGGCACACGCAGUGGAAGAGAAGCACAAUUUGCAAGGUGUUGAACUCUUUGGCAUCGCUAGGACUUGGCGCAUUUCUCUUCGCGGCCACACUUCUUGAUUCAUCCCGUGCACCUCUAGCGGUUCUAUUUCUUUGCCUGAGCAUGGCCUCAGCAGGUUUGCAUACGCCUGGAUGUCAGACAGCACUUGUUUCUUUGGCCCCGGCCUAUUCUGGAGUUAUUACCGGAUUCGCGUUCUUCUUUGUUGCCUGCUCUGGGAUUGUGAACCCUAUACUCACCAAAUGGAUUGCUAGGAAUGGCACUGUUCUUGAAUGGAAUAUGGUAUUCUACAUCUCCACAGUUAUCGCUCUACUGCCACUGAUCGUCUUCAAUAUGUGGGGUUCGGCUGAGGUGCAAUGGUGGGCAAAGAACCAAAAGAUAUCAACCGUCUCUCAGAAGUCCGAACCACCACAAACAGGACCAGAUUCAGUCGCCUGA